UAUGGUAUUAUUUACAAUAGAUUGAGAGUGAACUAUUAGAUUUGCAAUUUUCAUUCUAAUAUUGUAUUCAGGGACAAACAGACAAUUUAAAGUAUAGAUAAAGGACAAUAAAUAAUGUUGAACGAUGAACGUUUCAAAACGUUUAGAAGAAAAUUUAGUAAAAUUAACGUAAGGAACCAGUUUCUUGGUGUGUAAUUCAACAAUGCUUGAUGAAUUCAAUAGAUUAUUGAUGAUUGUUGACUCAAAAAAAAGAAAAAA